AAAUUCUACGUUUUUUUGCUUAAAAACAAACUCUCCUUCUUUCUUGUUUGUAGUUUUUUAAUUAAUUUUUUCCACUUUCACAUUCAGUUCUAGAUUAAAGUAUACCUUUAGCCGCACAUCUAUAAUGGAUACACACGCUCGGAAGUUUCUGUUUGUUUUUGCCCUAACCAUGACUGGAUCCAAACCCUGGAUGUAUGAGGUGGGGGUCAAGGGGCAAAUAGUGGAGAGCGAGUGGAUCAUCUACAAACGGAACUUCUUUGGCGAUGGCAACACCAUCUCGAUAGAACUGGGCAACCACGCAGUGUAUCUCUAUUCUCACAACCAGGCCAACAGCAUCGACUACCCGAGACAGGUGAGUCAGGUGACCGCCUUCAUCACAGCUGCCGACGACUACCGCAUCUUCGUCCAGUUCCGACUGCCCAUCUUCGAGAUGACUCACACUACUAUCCUCAAGGCCGACUGGGAAAACCAGGGCAUCGACUGUGAUACUUACCCUGCGUACCUGGACGUAUACGAUGGAUCCAGCAUCCUGGCUCCGAAGAUGUUCCGCUUCUGUGGCACUGACUUCCCAAACCCGAGCGCCUUUUUCUCCACUGGAAAGUACCUGACUAUGGUGGCCAAUCUACCUGGACCCAGAAACGAUGGAACAACCAGUGUAGGCGACUUCAGAAUUGACAUAUCAAACUGGCAUGAGCCGGGGAACUGCACGGACAAUGACAUGCGAUGUGAUGACAUGUCUUGCAUCCCAAAAGUGUUGCUGUGCGAUGAGUUCAACGUGGCCCAUUGUCCAGACGAAACAGACCGACAGCCGGAGUUGAAGCCCUGGUGCACGAAGCCAGCUCCCAGGAACAUCUUCAGUCUGGACUGGUUCUGGAGGAUCACCAUCAUAUAUCUACUGCUACUCAACCUGGUGAUCUUGUGGCUGUGCUGUGUGCGCCCUGGACUGUUCUGGUACCUGUGGGGGUGUGUGAGGAGGUACGACUGGUGGCCAGAGAUAUGCCACUUCGGGUGUCCUUUCUACAUCCUCUCCUGCUCACGCCCAGUCCAGCCACCCAAUCCCACCUCCAUGUUCAAAACAACGCAGUAUGACGAAGUGAUCUACGAGGAAGAAAUAGAGGAGGAAGAUGAUGAUGAUGGGGAUGGUGUGGUUGGAAUGUCCAGCAGGACAGUGGUCAAGACCAAGAGGAGGAAGGGAAAGAGGGACAGUGGGUUGAGUUUCAUGGACGGAAUCAGCCAGGUGACCUCAUCCACAGAGAAACCACCCAACUCACCACCCACUUAUGCUCAAGUGGUUGAAGAGACAACUAAUGGACGGGCUGGGCCUGGAGCAGGGGGAAAUGGGGGAGCAGGCGGAGUGGCUCUGGAAAUGGAGGAGACCACGAACGUAAAGAGAGGCGCAGGGGGGAAGGAGGAGCAGAGUGUGACCAAGAGGAAGAUGGAACCCAUUCCCCCCAACGUCUGUCUGUUUGAAGAGUGGAACAUGCAUGUGCGAGAAAACAGAUUCUAACGGCCUAAAAUUGAUGAACUAAUGAAAAGCAACUGAACUAUACAGAUUAGACAGUGUGCCAAUAAGUGACCCACUGUCUGCUGGAGGCCAUAUUAAUCUUAUUAACGAACAUGGAGGGAUGAUAAGCUCCACAAGUUUUGCCCCUAUUUUUUGAAUCGUCCAAUUUGCAUCUAAAAGGCCAGUUGAGCUCAACAAAACGAAAUGCGGAAACAAUAGUAG